AUGUAUAAAAGAUCAUUGACAAUGACUAACCUAGUUGAUUGGCUGCAAGAUACCGUCAAAUCUAGUGCAUUUUUCUACACUACCGAUUUCAAGAACUCUAAAUCCGAGUUUGAAACAGUAGAGGGUUCUGUACGAUUAUUGAAUAAUAACGAUCCCUUGACUGAUAUUUUACAAUCUAUCGAAAGCUCUCAAACGACUGCUGUUGCAGAUAAUGAAACUGAAUGUAAACUUAUUUCAAUCUUCACUAAUGAUAAUGUCAUUAAGGACUCUUUGUCUCAAUUGAUUAGUUUUAAUAACUCCAAGUUAAAUAACUUAAAAAUUGUAUUUAAUAUCAAAUUAUCAUUAAAUGAUUAUUCAAUCAUCUCUGAUUCCUAUCAAUUUGUUAAAACUGAUAAUUCUAAGAUAGUUAUUAACGAUUUUGUUUCUGCUUAUACUAAUAAAAAGGAUAAUUCUUCUGCAAAUGUUGUGUUACAUUUUUACUCUCAUGAAAAUGUAAACACAACUUCAUCUGACUAUACGAAGAAUCGGGAAACCACUGGGAAGACUGCUAUUAUAAAUUUAACCCCAUUUGGUAAGCAAUUAAUUGAAAAUACUAAAUCUGUCGUUGUUUAUGAUUUAUUGUCCUACUCUAAUGAUAUUUUUGAGGAAAUUAUUAAUGAUUUACCCAUCGGAGUCGAAAAUAUUCUGUUAUUAGAAUCUAUUUCUUCAAAGGGUUCAAAUUCCGUUAGGACUAACUUCUCUCCAUUUAUAUUAAAUUUCUUACAAAAUUAUAAUUUAAUUGUAGAAAGACUAGCUAGCAUUAAAAAUAUUGAAUUAUCUUUUAUUAAUUCUCGAUGCUCACUAACCAAUUCCAUUAUAGAAAAAUUAUUAACUAAUAUAUCUUCCGAGAAGCCAAUUCAAAAUUUAUAUAUCAACGGAAAUUCAACAUCAUCAUCAGAUUUUAUCCCUGUUGAUGAAAAUGUUUUGGAUUUAGAAUUGCCUUAUAUCAAAGUUUUAAGACAAUUGUUUCAAACUAAUUUAAAUAUUAUUAAUGAAUAUAAUCAUGAAAAAAUUAUUGCUAAUUCUCCAAAUUUUGGUUAUGGUAAAUUUCUUUUUAAUAAUGAACAAAAACAACAGCUAAUUCCUUUUUUGAAAAGUUCUAUCUCAAAAUCUCCAGAUUUAAUUAACAAAUGGCUACAAUUCUAUACUAAUAAGUGCAGCCUUAAAGAUGUAAAAGAUUUAAAAGAAAUUAAUAAUAUUUCAAAGGAUUUAUUUAAUCAAUUGAAAAUUAGUGACAAUCAACCUUCCAAUAAUCAAUUUUCAAUAGAUUCAUUUUUAUUCAAUUCCAAUUGGUUAAUUGGUUCUGAUUCUUGGUCGUUUGAUUUAGGUCAAUCUGGUUUGCAUAACAUUUUGUCUUCCAAUGAAAAUAUUAAUAUUUUGAUCAUUGACUCGAAUCCAAUGAAUUCAGAAUCAUCAAAAGGGAAAAAGGAUAUUGGUCUUUACGCUAUGAAUUACGGUCACAUAUAUGUUUCCUCCGUCGCUAUCUAUGGUAAUUAUUCACAAAUGUUAACAGCUAUGGGUGAAGCCUCUAGAUUUUCUGGGCCUUCUAUUGUCCUUGCUUAUUUACCUUACUCCAAUGAAAAUGAUUCCUCAGUUGAAAUCUUAAAAAAUACAAAAGUAGCCAUUGAAUCUGGUUAUUGGCCACUAUAUCGUUACAAUCCAUUGCUAACUACUUUUGAAGAUCAAUUUAAAUUAGAUUCGAAUGUUAUAAAGGAAAACCUAAAGAAAUUUUUAGACCGUGAAAAUCUAUUAACUUUAUUAACUACUAAAAAUCCAAAUUUAAAGAGAAACUUAAUUCAAUCAGAAUCUGAUAAAAUCACUGAAAUUCAACAAAAAAAUACCAAGUUAGCUUUUGAAAAUUUAUUACAAGGCCUACAAGGUCCAAAGAUUUCUAUAUAUUACGCCUCUGAUGGUGGUAACGCUUCAAGCUUAGCUAAUAAGUUCGGUCAAAGAGCUAAACAAAGAGGUUUACAACCAAUUAUAUUAUCUAUGGAUGAUAUCAUCAUUGAAGAUUUAUUAGAAAGUAAUGAAGAAAGUACUGUUAUUUUUAUUGCUUCUACUGCAGGGCAAGGUGAAUUUCCUCAGGAUGGUAAAAAGUUUUGGGAUGAAAUUAAAAGCAAUUUAUCUUUAGAUUUUCAUAAUAUUAAGUUUAGUGUUUUUGGUUUAGGUGAUUCUCAAUAUUGGCCAAGAAAAGAAGAUGAGCAUUAUUAUAACAAGCCGGCAAAGGAUUUAUUCAAUAAACUAGAAAAAUUAUCUGCUCAGGUCUUGGCUCCUCUAGGUUUAGGUGAUGAUCAGGAUGAUGAUGGGUUUUUAACUGGUUAUAAUGAUUGGGAAAAGAAAAUGUGGGUUGCCCUAGGUGUAGAUAAUGUUUUGGUCGGUGAAGAACCAAAAGAAAGAACGAAUGAAGAUAUGAAGCAUGAAUCUAAUUUCUUACGCGGUACCAUUGUUGAUGAGUUUGCCAAUCAAACUACUGGGAGAAUUUGUGAAUCAGAUGUUCAAAUUGUUAAGUUCCACGGUUUCUAUAUGCAAGAUGAUAGAGAUUUAAGAGAAGUAAGAAAGACUCAAGGCAUGGAACCACUUUAUUCAUUUAUGAUCAGAGCCAGAUUGCCAGGUGGUAAAUUAACUGGUAAACAGUGGAUAAGCUUAAAUCAAUUAGCUGACAAAUAUGGUAUUGGUAAUUUAAAGAUUACCAAUAGAGCUACUAUUCAAAUUCAUGGUGUCUUAAAAAGUAACUUAAAGCAUACCAUCAGAAAAAUAAAUUCUGUUUUGUUAGACUCUUUAGCCGCCUGUGGUGACGUCAAUAGAAAUGUGUCAAUGAGUGCGUUACCAUCAAACCACAAAGUUCAUGAACAGGUGGCUACUGUUGCACAACAAUUAUCAGAGCACUUUUUGCCACAUACUACUGCUUAUCAUGAAAUUUGGUUAAAGGGCGAAGAUCCAAGAGAUGAAGAUAAAAACUGGCCAACUUUAUUUGAAAAUAGAAAAGGUGGUCCUCGUUCCAAAAAAACAUUAGUUGCUGGUAAUGCAUUAGUAGAUAUGGAGCCAAUAUAUUCACCAGUGUAUUUACCAAGAAAAUUUAAGAUUAAUUUAGCUAUUCCACCUUACAAUGAUGUUGAUGUCUGGUCUAUUGAUCUUGGUUUAAUUGCUAUAGUGGAUGCAAAUGAUAAUUUGAUUGGUUUCAAUGUUUAUGUUGGUGGUGGUAUGGGUACUACACAUAAUAACAAAAAAACUUAUCCAAGAACUGGUUCCUCCUUUGGUUUUGUUAAAGUAGAAGAUAUUGCUUCGUGCUCUGAAGCUAUUAUGAUCGUCCAAAGAGAUAAUGGUGAUAGAACCAAUAGAAAACAUGCUAGAUUAAAGUAUACCAUAGAUGAUAUGGGUGUUGAAGUUUAUAAAUCUAAAGUGGAAGAAAUAUGGGGUAAAAAAUUUGAUACUGAAAGACCAUAUAAGAUAGAGUCAAAUAGAGAUUUCUAUGGUUGGGUUAAGGAUGAAAGAGGAUUGAAUCAUUGUACAUUAUUUAUUGAAAACGGUAGAGUUCGUGACCAAGUUGACAGUUUACAAAAGACUGGUCUAAUUAAAAUUGCGGAAUUCAUGGAAUCCAGAAGUGAAGGUACAGAACAUUUUAGACUAACCGGUAACCAGCAUGCUAUAAUUUGUGAUAUUAAAGACGAAGAUUUAGUUAAGGUUAAACAAAUUUUGAAAGAUCAUAGUUUAGAUAUCAAUAAGUUAAGUGGUAUUAGACAAUCAUCCCAAGCUUGUGUUGCAUUACCUACCUGCCCAUUAGCAAUGACAGAUUCUGAAAGAUAUCUGCCAACUUUAUUGAAUAAACUAGAAGACAUAUUAGAUGAAUAUGGUAUCAAAGAAGAUAAUAUUGUCAUUAGAAUGACUGGUUGUCCAAAUGGGUGCUCCAGACCUUGGCUAGCGGAAAUUGGUUUAAUAGGUAAAGCACCCGGUACUUAUAACUUAAUGUUGGGUGGUGGCUAUUACGGUCAACGACUAAAUAAGUUAUAUAAGGCUUCUGUCAAAGAAGAGGAAAUUUUAGAUUUGUUACGACCAUUAUUCAAGAGUUGGGCAUUUGAAAGAAAUGAAGGUGAACGAUUCGGUGACUUUGUAAUUAGAAAAGGUAUUGUCAAGCCAACUUUGGAAGGUAAAUAUUUCCAUGAUGAUAUUGCAGAUGAUGCUUUUUAA